ACUACUGCUCUAAAUGCAAGGAUGGUAGGUGUGUAUUCUUACUGCUAAAGGGCUUAAAAAAGAAGCUGAGGCUCCCUUCAAGUGAGUAAACCUUUAUUCGGCUGACUUGGGAGCCGUGUUCCUAUGGAACUUCGGUGGUAAUUAUGGAAUGCAGGCCCAACAACAGCCCAGUCAUGGGCGAGCCUGGCCUCUCCGAGGCAUGAUGGCAGGCUGUCCCGGCUAAUGGCUUCAGGCAGCCCAUGGAAAACCACUUUCUGGUUAAGUCUGCAUCAUACUGUUCCACCAAUGGAAAAAAUUGAACAUGAUGAGGGUGUGUAGCUAGCAGACAAAAAUAUAUCCAGCAUUGCACAGGAUCUGUUUUUAGCUCUCAACGGCUGAGCAUUUGAAGUGUUAGACACUGUUUCCUGGCUUACCAUGAGCAGAAGGAAGAGUGAGUUUGUGGAUGUGUAUAUAGACUCUAGCUUUGUGAAACUUUUCUUAUUAACGAACAGACCCUGAGAAAUACUGGCUACAUCCAAAGUUCUGGCAAAGGCUCACUUCGUGGACUCACUUUGCGUGCUUGUGAAAUGUGCUGUGUUGCUCCCGAGACCAUGUAAAGCCUACUGACCACUAACCUCCCUCAGAGCAGAAACUAGACUUCAGGUUAAAAUGGGCAACUCCGACAGUCAGUACACCCUUCAAGGAUCUAAAAAUCAUAGCAAUACUAUUACUGGUGCUAAGCAAAUUCCUUGCUCCCUGAAAAUACGUGGCAUUCAUACAAAAGAGGAAAAGUCAUUGCAUGGAUGGGGUCACGGAAGCAGCGGAGCAGGUUACAAGUCCAGGUCCCUGGCCCGAAGCUGCCUUUCUCACUUUAAGAGUAACCAGCCUUACGCAUCGAGACUCGGUGGCCCCACAUGCAAGGUCUCCAGAGGUGUUGCCUACUCCACGCACAGGACAAAUGCCCCAGGGAAGGAUUUCCAGGGCAUCAAUGCUGCUUUCUCAACUGAGAACGGCUUCCACUCUGUUGGCCACGAGCCGGCAGAUAACCACGUCACCUCCAGAGACUGCAACGGACACCUUCUCAACUGCUACGGAAGGAAUGAGAGCAUUGCCUCCACCCCACCGGGUGAAGACCGCAAGAGCCCCCGAGUGCUGAUCAAAACGCUGGGGAAGCUGGAUGGGUGUUUAAGGGUCGAGUUCCACAAUGGUGGCAACCCCAGCAAAGUGCCUGCAGAGGACUGCAGUGAGCCGGUGCAGCUGCUGAGGUACUCACCUACCUUAGCAUCGGAAACCUCCCCUGUGCCUGAAGCCAGGAGAGAGUCCAGCGCCGAUUCCCUGCCCAGCCAUCGCCCCUCUCCCACGGACUCUCGCCUGCGGUCCAGCAAAGGCAGCUCCCUGAGUUCUGAGUCAUCCUGGUACGACUCCCCUUGGGGCAAUGCUGGAGAGCUGAGCGAGGCUGAGGGCUCCUUCCUGGCCCCCGGCAUGCCUGACCCCAGCCUCCAUGCCAGCUUCCCACCUGGCGAUGCCAAAAAGCCUUUCAACCAAAGCUCUUCCCUCUCCUCCCUCCGGGAACUGUACAAAGAUGCCAACCUGGGGAGCCUCUCCCCCUCAGGUAUCCGCCUUUCUGAUGAAUACAUGGGCACGCAUGCCAGCCUGAGCAACCGUGUCUCUUUUGCUUCUGACAUUGAUGUGCCCUCCAGGGUGGCACACAGGGACCCCGUCCAGUACAGUUCCUUCACUCUCCCCUGUCGGAAGCCCAAAGCCUUAGUUGAGGAUACUGCGAAGAAGGACUCCCUCAAAGCCAGGAUGCGACGGAUCAGUGACUGGACGGGAAGCCUCUCAAGGAAGAAAAGGAAACUCCAGGAGCCGAGGUCCAAGGAGGGCAGUGACUACUUUGACAGUCGCUCUGAUGGACUGAAUACAGAUGUGCAGGGAUCCUCCCAGGCAUCUGCUUUUCUGUGGUCAGGGGGCUCUGCUCAGAUCCUGUCUCAGAGAAGUGAAUCCACACAUGCGAUUGGCAGCGAUCCCCUCCGGCAGAACAUUUAUGAGAAUUUCAUGCGAGAGUUGGAAAUGAGCAGGACCAACACUGAGAACAUAGAAACAUCUACAGAAACCGCCGAGUCCAGCAGCGAGUCACUCAGCUCUCUGGAACAGCUAGAUCUGCUCUUUGAGAAGGAACAGGGGGUGGUCCGGAAGGCCGGGUGGCUCUUCUUCAAGCCCCUGGUCACUGUGCAGAAGGAAAGGAAGCUUGAGCUGGUGGCACGAAGGAAAUGGAAACAGUACUGGGUAACGCUGAAAGGAUGCACGCUGCUGUUUUAUGAGACCUAUGGGAAGAAUUCCAUGGAUCAGAGCAGUGCCCCUCGGUGUGCUCUGUUUGCAGAAGACAGCAUAGUGCAGUCUGUUCCAGAACAUCCCAAGAAAGAAAAUGUGUUCUGCCUCAGCAACUCCUUUGGAGAUGUCUACCUUUUCCAGGCCACCAGCCAGACAGAUCUAGAAAACUGGGUCACCGCCGUACACUCUGCUUGUGCAUCCCUUUUUGCAAAGAAGCAUGGGAAAGAGGACACACUGCGGCUGCUGAAGAACCAGACCAAAAACCUGCUUCAGAAGAUAGACAUGGACAGCAAGAUGAAGAAGAUGGCAGAGCUGCAGCUGUCCGUGGUGAGCGACCCAAAGAACAGGAAAGCCAUAGAGAACCAGAUCCAGCAAUGGGAGCAGAAUCUUGAGAAAUUUCACAUGGAUCUGUUCAGGAUGCGCUGCUAUCUGGCCAGCCUACAAGGUGGGGAGUUACCGAACCCCAAGAGUCUCCUUGCAGCCGCCAGCCGCCCCUCCAAGCUGGCCCUCGGCAGGCUGGGCAUCUUGUCUGUUUCCUCUUUCCAUGCUCUGGUAUGUUCUAGAGAUGACUCUGCUCUCCGGAAAAGGACACUGUCACUGACCCAGCGAGGGAGAAACAAGAAGGGAAUAUUUUCUUCGUUAAAAGGGCUGGACACACUGGCCAGAAAAGGCAAGGAGAAGAGACCUUCUAUAACUCAGAUAUUUGAUUCAAGUGGCAGCCAUGGAUUUUCUGGAACUCAGCUACCUCAAAACUCCAGUAACUCCAGUGAGGUCGAUGAACUUCUGCAUAUAUAUGGUUCAACAGUAGACAGUGUUCCCCGAGACAAUGCAUGGGAAAUCCAGACUUAUGUCUACUUUCAGGACAAUCAUGGAGUUACUGUAGGGAUCAAGCCAGAGCACAGAGUAGAAGAUAUUUUGACUUUGGCAUGCAAGAUGAGGCAGUUGGAACCCAGCCAUUAUGGCCUACAGCUUCGAAAAUUAGUAGAUGACAAUGUUGAGUAUUGCAUCCCUGCACCAUAUGAAUAUAUGCAAGAACAGGUUUAUGAUGAAAUAGAAGUCUUUCCACUAAAUGUUUAUGACGUGCAGCUCACGAAGACUGGGAGUGUGUGUGACUUUGGGUUUGCAGUUACAGCGCAGGUGGAUGAGCGUCAGCAUCUCAGCCGGAUAUUUAUAAGCGACGUUCUUCCCGAUGGCCUGGCGUAUGGGGAAGGGCUGAGAAAGGGCAAUGAGAUCAUGACCUUAAAUGGGGAAGCUGUGUCUGAUCUUGACCUUAAGCAGAUGGAGGCCCUGUUUUCUGAGAAGAGCGUCGGACUCACUCUGAUUGCCCGGCCUCCGGACACAAAAGCAACCCUGUGUACAUCCUGGUCAGACAGUGACCUGUUCUCCAGGGACCAGAAGAGUCUGCUGCCCCCUCCUAACCAGUCCCAACUGCUGGAGGAAUUCCUGGAUAACUUUAAAAAGAAUACAGCCAAUGAUUUCAGCAACGUCCCUGAUAUCACAACAGGUCUGAAAAGGAGUCAGACAGAUGGCACUCUGGAUCAGGUUUCCCACAGGGAGAAAAUGGAGCAGACAUUCAGGAGUGCUGAGCAGAUCACUGCACUGUGCAGGAGUUUUAACGACAGUCAGGCCAACGGCAUGGAAGGACCGCGGGAGAGUCAGGAUCCUCCUCCGAGGCCUCUGGCCCGCCACCUGUCUGAUGCAGACCGCCUCCGCAAAGUCAUCCAGGAGCUUGUGGACACAGAGAAGUCCUAUGUGAAGGAUUUGAGCUGCCUCUUUGAAUUAUACUUGGAGCCACUUCAGAAUGAGACCUUUCUUACCCAAGAUGAGAUGGAGUCACUUUUUGGAAGUUUGCCAGAGAUGCUUGAGUUUCAGAAGGUGUUUCUGGAGACCCUGGAGGAUGGGAUUUCAGCAUCAUCUGACUUUAACACCCUAGAAACCCCCUCACAGUUUAGAAAAUUACUGUUUUCCCUUGGAGGCUCUUUCCUUUAUUACGCGGACCACUUUAAACUGUACAGUGGAUUCUGUGCUAACCAUAUCAAAGUACAGAAGGUUCUGGAGCGAGCUAAAACUGACAAAGCCUUCAAGGCUUUUCUGGACGCCCGGAACCCCACCAAGCAGCAUUCCUCCACGCUGGAGUCCUACCUCAUCAAGCCGGUUCAGAGAGUGCUCAAGUACCCGCUGCUGCUCAAGGAGCUGGUGUCCCUGACGGACCAGGAGAGCGAGGAGCACUACCACCUGACGGAAGCACUAAAGGCAAUGGAGAAAGUAGCGAGCCACAUCAAUGAGAUGCAGAAGAUCUAUGAGGAUUAUGGGACAGUGUUUGACCAGCUAGUAGCUGAGCAGAGCGGAACAGAGAAGGAGGUAACAGAACUUUCGAUGGGAGAGCUUCUGAUGCACUCUACGGUUUCCUGGUUGAAUCCAUUUCUGUCUCUAGGAAAAGCUAGAAAGGACCUUGAGCUCACAGUAUUUGUUUUUAAGAGAGCCGUCAUACUGGUUUAUAAAGAAAACUGCAAACUGAAAAAGAAAUUGCCCUCGAAUUCCCGGCCUGCACACAACUCUACUGACUUGGACCCAUUUAAAUUCCGCUGGUUGAUCCCCAUCUCCGCGCUUCAAGUCAGACUGGGGAAUCCAGCAGGGACAGAAAAUAAUUCCAUAUGGGAACUGAUCCAUACGAAGUCAGAAAUAGAAGGACGGCCAGAAACCAUCUUUCAGUUGUGUUGCAGUGACAGUGAAAGCAAAACCAACAUUGUUAAGGUGAUUCGUUCUAUUCUGAGGGAAAACUUCAGGCGUCACAUAAAGUGUGAAUUACCACUGGAGAAAACGUGUAAGGAUCGCCUGGUACCUCUUAAGAACCGAGUUCCUGUUUCGGCCAAAUUAGCUUCAUCCAGGUCUUUAAAAGUCCUGAAGAAUUCCUCCAGCAAUGAGUGGACCGGUGAGACUGGCAAGGGAACCUUGCUGGACUCUGACGAGGGCAGCUUGAGCAGCGGCACCCAGAGCAGCGGCUGCCCCACGGCUGAGGGCAGGCAGGACUCCAAGAGCACUUCUCCCGGGAAAUACCCACACCCCGGCUUGGCAGAUUUUGCCGACAAUCUCAUCAAAGAGAGUGACAUCCUGAGCGAUGAAGAUGAUGACCACCAUCGGACUGUGAAGCAGGGCAGCCCUACUAAAGACAUCGAAAUUCAGUUCCAGAGACUGAGGAUUUCCGAGGACCCAGACGUUCACCCCGAGGCUGAGCAGCAGCCUGGCCCGGAGUCGGGUGAGGGUCAGAAAGGAGGAGAGCAGCCCAAACUGGUCCGGGGGCACUUCUGCCCCAUUAAACGAAAAGCCAACAGCACCAAGAGGGACAGAGGAACUUUGCUCAAGGCGCAGAUCCGUCACCAGUCCCUUGACAGUCAGUCUGAAAAUGCCACCAUCGACCUAAAUUCUGUUCUAGAGCGAGAAUUCAGUGUCCAGAGUUUAACGUCUGUUGUCAGUGAGGAGUGUUUUUAUGAAACAGAGAGCCACGGAAAAUCAUAGUAUGAUUCAAUCCAGAUAUGGGUUAAAUUCCUCAUUUUACUUUUAAACUGGUGGUAAAAUGGAAAUUGCAAAAAAAGAAAAAAAAAAAACUGUUCAUUCCUGGGUUUUGUGCAGUAUCCAUUUUCCCACAAAAUGGUUGUAAAGAUUUAAGUUAUUUUAAUUUAUUGUGGAUCAGAAACCUAGAUGAAACUGGUCAGAAUCUGUAAAUUACUUAGUUUAUAUCCACUUUGAGCAGGUAUCAAAUGAUUUAGGAUCCUUAAAAUUACAUUCUAAUUAUUUUAAGUUAUGUGGAAAAAGUAAGGCUGGGGAAGUUGUGAUUAAUAGUUUUCAAAGGGCCAUUUUUUUAAAUCCUCUGGGCAUUUUCUUUCAGCUGUUAGUUUUUGCUUUAUUUAAAGCAUAUUUAAAUUAUUUUAAUGUGGUUUAGGGGCAAAAUGUGCAGAUACUUCAUUUUUGUAAGAUUGUAAUAGAUGCUGUUUAUACUAAACAAACGUCAUAUCUAUACAGUAUAUAUUAAAAGAAAGCUUGUACUGUAUCUUAUUUGAUGAUAUUUAUUUUCUCUGCCAAGCUGUAUAGUAAAAGGAAAAUAAGUCACA